AUGUAUUUUGAGAUCCUGGUGAAGAAAAACAACUUUAAGAUCGUGGAGUGGAAGGAGAAUUCGUACGGUUCAGUGCUCCAGAGUUCAGUCAGAACCUGCCCUGGGGGGGACACAUAUGUAGGGAAGAACAAAUAUGGACUAGGGAAGGUUGCUACUAAAGAUGAGGUCUUCUACCUGCCUUCGUAUGAUGAUGAAUAUUGGUACCACUACUACCAGGUCCUGACUAUCAAUGAGGAUAUAAUCAGCCAGCAGAUUUACAAUGUCGGGUACAACACUGAUGAGUCUCAAAUCUUCCACUAUCCUCCAGAGGUCAUGCUGAAAACUGCCAUCAACAACUACGAAUGUCGCUCAGUGGUGAAAACAAAUUCUCUCUUAAAGACAUAUAAGGUAGAGCACACGUGGGACAUUACCUUUUCUGUCACAGUUGGUGUUACAUUGACCUUCUCUGCCAGCAUCCCCCUAAUCACUACCGAAGGUAUUCAGUUCAGCACCGACGUUUCCUUUGAGUACUCCAAAGGAAACACGAUGGUAGAGGCCACCACUGAUACUGUUUCUGUACAGAUCACAGCCCCGCCAAACCACUCCUGCAUGGUUAAUAUGAUGCAGUAUAAGUACAAAGUGGACAUCCCGUUCACAGCAAGCCUCAGCCGCACCUACGCUGACGGGGUGAUCCACAGGACUUCCAUCACUGGGACGUAUGACAGCACUCAGGUUGCAGAAGUCCAGGCCAUGGUGGACCGUUGUGAACUUCUAGAAAACUCCCAGCCUUGCACAUGA